CCACGUAAAACGUGUGUGCAUCUUUGCGGUUAUAUAUUCUUUGGUGCGAUCAACGCGAUCGACCCUGAACGCGAUGUUCCUCUGACGCCUCUGAUGAUGGAGGACGUGGAGAGAUUCUUCGCUGUAUGAUGUAGUAAUGGUGGUUUGGUGUUUUAUUUGAUGUUGUGAAAUAAAAGUCUACGUUCACGGACGAAGUUACAUGCCGAUUUUAAUUAUGUUUAUGUAUGGUACGCUUACUGCGCCGAGUGAAAUUAGAAAUCUACAUGAAGUCAAAAAGUAUUGCUGCGUAUGUUAUCGAAAUCUUACAAUGUUAAGCACCUUUCUGUGUAGCUUAAAAAAAAAAGUCUGUAAAAUUUCAAGAAACGUAAAUGUACUGUGUUUGUGUUAUGAUUUUUGUACUGUAUCUUGCAAGGUAAAUGGGGAACACAAAGACUGGGUGGUCAAGAAGGAACAUUACCGAUAAGCCAAAUGUUUGGGUCUACUGGUCCUGAACAUUACUUAUAGCUUCGACAACAUACAGUUUUAUGACUUAUUCGUUAUGUAUUUUUCAUGGCACUGUUUGAUGAAAAAUAUUUGUAACGUGUUUAUUGCAGGGUGGUGUGGUGGAAAUGUGUCCAUGACUUUGCAGAGGCAGGUCCAGAAUGUGGGAGCCAGACCCUCUCACGGGCUCCCUGUCUAAUACAACAAUUAGAACUUCACCUCUCAUCAAACCUCCAUUUUGGAUUAGGAUACAAUGGAACUGAUGAUAAGAAUAAGAAAUAUACUACUGAGGGUGAACUGUGGGUAAAAUUGUAAGAGGUCUCCAUGUAAAAAUGCCUAAUCUGACAACCAAGAGGAAGAAUGGGACAUUCUAGUGAAGAAGCAAGUCAGGUAGAGGAAUGCUAUCUUCAAGGUAUCUGAGGCCACAGUUGGAGCCCAUUCGCAUGUCCAGCUGGGAUCAGCAGUGGAGGCCUCUAAUUUCCUGUCAAUAAAUGAUGGUGGGUUGCUGUAGACAUCCAACCAUCAGUAAUCAGAGAAAAGUAGAUUCUCCUCCUGCAUUGGAGGACAGUCUUUGGGCCCUCUGCUGCUCAGAAGCAGCAGCUAUCACCUCUCAGGGGCUCUGGUGAGAGCCAGGUGAGAGUAAGAUUGAAAAAGGUGUCAUGAUGAGGGUGAGCAGUCUGACCAUCAAUAAGUGUUGGGGGGAUCAGCUAUCCAUCAGUGAAUGACAGUGGCUGACUGGCAUAUCCUGACUUCCAAGAGAAGAGGAUAUUAUGUUGAUGAAGGCGAUGAAUGAUGGUGAUGAAUAUACUGCAUUUGCCAUGGAGGAAUCUGCUGCUGAGUUUGGACUUCCUGAGGACCAAUUAAGGGAGUCCAGUUACAAGGAUCAACACAGAAAUGGGAAAGAAGGAUUGGAUGGUACCACAGAGAUAGCAGUGUGGAAGGAUAAGCCUCAGUAUGGCACAGAUGUUGAGGAAUGUGCUGUGGGGAAGUUUUGUAAUUGGUUUCAAAAGGAAAAGCUUUCAGUGACUCAGGAAAGUGAUGGUUUGAGAUCAGAGCACAAGGAAUUGAAAGUUAAUUUUUAUGAACUUCAGAGAAAAUAUAAUGCCCUCCAAGAAAAUAUGAAUGUCAUUAGAGAAGAGCGUGAUACUCUUCAGAGGGACAAAGAUAAGUUAAUAGGCCUGGAGAGUACAUUGAAAAUUAUAUUGGAAGGAGGAUCCAGUGUUGAGAAAGCUUAUUUGAUACUGAGCCAGGAAAGAGACACUUUGAAAUCAGAACAAGAGGAAUUUAAAGUCUAUUUUGAUGAACUCCAAAGGAAAUGCUGUGCCCUAACAGAUAAUUUAAAUGUCAUCAAAGGAAAGUGUGAUACUCUUCAGAGGGAGAGAGAUAAGUUAGUAGGCAUGGAGAGUACAUUGAAAAUGAUAUUGGAAGGAGGGCCCAGUAUUCGGAAAGCAUACUUGCUAUUGGGCCAGGAAAGAGACACUUUGAAAUCAGAGUAUGAAGAACUAAAAGCAAAUUUUGAUGUACUUAAAAGGAAAGGCAGUGACCUGACAGAUAAUUUAAAUGUCAUCAGUCGAAAGUGUGAUGAUCUUCAGAGGGACAAAGAUAAGUUAUUAGGCCUGGAGUGUAGAUUGAAAAUGACAGUGGAUGAGGAGUCCAGUAUUCAGGAAGCUUAUUUGCUGUUGGCCCAGGAAAGAGAUAAUUUGAGAUCUGAGCAAGAUGAGUUCAAAGUUGAUUUUGAUGAACUUAAAAGAGUAUGUAAUACCCUGAAAGAAAAUUUGAAUAUUAUUAGAGGAGAGGGCGAUGUUCUUCAGAGGAACAAAAUUUAGAUUGAAGGCUACAUUGAAAAUUAUGUAAGAAUAUGUGUCCUGUUUCCAAGGGCUCCCUUGAUAAAUCCCCAAGAAAGAAAUACUUUGAACUCAGAGUGAGAGGAUUUCAACAUUGAUUUUGAUGAAGUUUAUAAGAGUGUGUUUUUACUUCAUAAGAAAAUUUUACUGCCAUUAAGAGCAGUAUGUGUUGCUCUUUGAAGGCAGAAAGAUAAGAUAGCAGGCCUGGAGGUUAGAAUGAACAUCUGUGGAAUAAAGAGAAAGAGUCUCAAGUGUUAUCGAACCAGGAAAUGAAAAUGAAGUCAGAGGUAUUGAGAAUUAAAUCUGUCCUUUGAAAUCGCUGAUGAGGUGAAGAAGAUCCUGUCUGUAGUAGCAGAUGAGAACGAUGAGACAGAGCCACUAAUGGUUCGAAUUGAGUUCUUACAUGGAUGCUGAAGAGUCACUUUGAUUUAGCCUACUAUGGAAUCUUAGAAUGUUGUGCUUCAUCACAAACUUAAAAUAAAUAAUUACAUUAUGGUGUGUUGUGUAAUGCUCUCUGUUUUAAGAAAUGACUUAUGUUUC